CCAGUUCACGCCGCCUCCACGCGAGCCCUCUGCAUUGUCUCUAAAACUCCUCUCUCUCUCUCCCCUCCCUCUCGCCCCUCUCUCUAUCUUAUCUAACCACACGCGCACAAACAGACGCUUGCACGCGUCUAGCGAGUGUGGCAGGCACUCGUGACGGGUCGGUGUGAAGAAACAUUUGGCAACUGGACGAGACGAUCACAACCAGUCCUGAGUGGUCAUCAAGCAAUGGGCAUCCCACGCCUCACCGCGUGCCGCCUCCAGCAGCAGCAGCAGCACCAUCGUGGCUACGAGCCCACAGCCCUCACCUCUGCCAGCUCCAGCCACGAGGGCAGUCAGUGGAUUCCCCUCGUGCCGUGGCUCCUGCUUGCCGCCACCCUGCUGUGGCUGCCCACGGUGCAGGGCUAUAGCCUACGGAAGUGCAUAGAGAAGCCCCCCGGCACUGUGGUAUGUGUGAACGGUGGCAUUAAAGAUGUUCUGGAGGCUGUAUCGGACAUCCACAAUACACCGCAGGUGCUGAACCUGUCCAAAAACUCCAUAUCGGAGCUCCGACCAGGCCUCUUCCAGAACAUGAGCAGCGCUCUCUUGUUCCUGCGGCUGGACCGCAACCGCAUCGCCACCAUCCGGGCGGGCAGUUUCCAGGACCUCUCCAUUCGAACACUGAACCUGUCCAUAAAUCGUAUCGGGGCCCUGGACCGGGAUGCCUUCAGCGGCCUCUCCGAGCUCAGGUAUCUGCUGCUCGACCAUAAUUUCCUGAAACGCCUCUCGCCUGAGCUGUUUGCGCCCCUCAGGAGCAUCCUCAACAUUAGCCUAAUGCACAACGCGCUGUGCAACUUCCCAUCGAUUGUGCAGGCUGUCACCAACCUGUCGAGCCUCCACUCCCUCGACCUCAGCAGAAAUUCUAUCCAAGCGCUCAACAUAAGCAGUGGCGAAGGCCCCGUGCUGCCACAGAACCUCAGCUGGCUUCACCUGGCCAACAACUCCAUCAGCGCGGUGUUGGUGCCAGCAGAUUUCUUCACCACCAUAACCUUCCUCGACCUCUCCCACAAUUGGCUGAAGGAUGUCAGGGGGCUGCAGAGCCUCAAUAUCAGCGGUGUGUCCUACCUGCUGCUGGGGGACAACCGCCUCGAUGUCCGUGAGCUGCAGCACCUCGACAACGCCCAGCCACAGACCCUAGAACUGCAGAAGUCGGGCUUCAGCAGGAAUGGCAGCCUCGAGAUGCUAUGCAGCUCCCAUCUCAUGGAAAGGGUUCAAUCCCUGUUCCUCAUGAGGAAUGGCAUCACCAACCUGACUGCGGAGGCAUUCAGGAACUGCACCGCUCUCCGCCACCUGGACCUAUCACGCAACCACAUCCGCUCCAUGCAGGGCUACUCCCUGGUGGGACCCAACCAUGGCCUGCGCUCCCUGACGCUGGACUACAACCACCUGAACGUGCUGGAGCCGUGCGACACAUGCAUGCGGCUGCCCCAUCUGGAGGCGCUCUCCCUCGCCUGGAACAAGAUCACGCUGGUGCAAAACUCAGCAUUUGUGCACGUGCCCAGCUUGCGCUCGCUCAUCCUCAAGGGCAACCUGAUCUUCAGCAUCAGCCAAAAUCCCUUCUGUGGCUUGAGGGAGCUGACCGAACUGCGCCUGGACAACAACCUCAUCCACGAGUUCCAUGCGUCGUCACCCUUUGCGGCCCUCGAGAACCUGCAGACGCUUAACCUGAGGCGCAACCGCAUCAAUAGCCUGCACCGGCAGGUGUUUGGCAAUCUGACCAAGCUGAAGAUCCUGGAUCUGGGUAGCAACAUGAUCUCGUCCCUGAAGGAGCACACCUUCGUGGGACUGGUGGGCCUGCGGAACCUCUACCUAGAUGAAAAUUCCAUAGGCUGGGUGAUGCCGUCAAUGUUUGCGGGGCUGGAGUCGCUCCGCAUUUUGGACCUGGUGAAGAACAUGAUCUCGUACAGCACCAGGCUGCUGGACAACCCGCCUUUUGUCAACCUCAGCAACCUCAUCACCCUCAAGCUGAGUGCCCAACAGCCGUACGGCAUCCAGAGGAUUCCGGAGAACCUGUUCGCGGGCCUCCACCUCCUGGAGAACCUCCACCUGGCCGGGAACCAGAUCUCAGACCAUGCGUCGCACCCGUUCGACGACCUGGUGAGCCUGCGCCUGCUAGAGAUGCAGCACAUGGGGAGCGGUCUGCAGACCAUGAAUCGCAGCGUCUUCCACAGGCUCACCAACCUCUCCAUCCUGGACCUGCGCAACGUGGGCCUGAGUGCCGUGGAUGAUGCCCAGUUCCUGACGCUGGGUCACCUCAAGACACUCUACCUGGUAGACAAUGCCAUCGAGAGCAUCACCGAGGAGGCCCUCAUGCCCUUGGGUGACCUGAACUACCUGGAUAUGAGCGGCAACCCUGUGGUGUGCACCUGCGAGAACUCGUGGUUCCAGAACUGGUCAUUGCAUAGCCAAGUGCAGGUGGUGGGCCUCUACUCGCUCAGCUGCUCAUCGGGCGAGUCGCAGGGCUCCGCCGCACCCUUUGCAGACUUUGACAUGGCCGUGUGCCGCGAGAAGGCGGAGAAGAUCCUGUUCUUCACGGUGACGCCGAGCGUGGCGCUCUUCGUGGCGCUCACACUGGUGCACGUGAAGGCGCGCUGGCACAUCCGCUACGGCUUCCACGUCUUCCUCGCCUGGUUCCGUGAGCAGCGGCGCCGUGCCGCCGAUGGGUUGGCACAUGACUAUGACGCCUUCAUCUCGUACAACUCGCGCGACGAGGCUUGGGUCAUGUCCGAGCUUGUGCCACGCCUGGAGCAGGAUGGGGGCCCCCUGCCGCCCUACAGGCUGUGCCUCCAUCACCGUGACUUCGUGCCGGGCCGCUACAUUGUGGACAACAUUGUCGAUGCCAUCUACAAGAGCCGCAGGACCGUGUGCGUGGUGAGCCGUGGCUUCCUGCGCAGUGAGUGGUGCUCUAUGGAGAUCCAGAUGGCAUCGUACCGCCUCUUCAGCGAGCACCGCGACGUUCUCGUCACGCUCAUCAUCGAAGACAUCGCCGACCGCGAGCUGUCCGCCCACCAUCGCAUGCGCCACCUACUCUACACUAAGACCCAUGUGGUGUGGCCCCGGGAUGAGGCAGCGAGGCCACUCUUCUGGGCCAAGCUGCGAACGGCGCUCGGGGAGCCCUCUGCCGCCGCCUGCAGGAGGGAGGCAGGGCCCGAGGGCCUACGUCCUCGGGCCCGCGUGGCCAGGCCACAGACCUUAACGUAGCGGCCUAUUAAUGUCUAACUAUUUGACUCUUUUUUUAUUUUACCAGGUGUAAGGCCCCACUGAGCUAUGUGGCUCUUUUGUCAGAAGCGACCAGGCUAUCACAUAUGAUCACUCAACAAAUUGGCUGAUAUCGUUGUGUGGAAAUGUAUAGAAGCAGCCAAAUACCUUAAACGUGUGGUGUGUCAGGGUCAGGAUUGAACCCACGAACUCCUGCAUACCAGGCAAGGUACUCAACAUCUCCUAGCCAUCGCGGCGCCAAAACAAAAUAAUACGGUGGCUGAAAUCAGAUUAAAAGUUAAAUGCUGUGCUACACAUUCACCUCGCAGAUCGCAGCUACCCAGUUACAGGUCACCGUGUGCCAUCAUUACGGAUGCCAAAUUCAACCUCCACGUGCCAACUAAGCUUGGUAGACUAAUGUGAAGCAGCACCCCUCAUCCCUCUCCUCCACUGUGCAAUCUACAUCGGAUUAUGGGGCUCGGUACUGUAAAUGGAAGGUAUGAGGGCUUUUGGUUUCACAUCGAGGUUGUGAGUUAGUUUUAUUUGAGAGCAUGGGCGUGUGCUGUGGCUGUGGGGUUUUGCAUUGAGGCUGUUGUCAGUGAUCGAUCUCACUUGACAGAGGUCAACUAACAAUGCCGCUGCGGUGGUGCUCUUGACGGACGUGUAAUUAGGGAACACACUUUUUUUAUGACGCAGAUGCGAAUCAGAUAUAUAUUGCAAUCGAGCAAACAGAACUACAUCGCACGAAGAGGAAUAAGUGGUUUGUAACGGUGGCUGCCUCGGCAUAGCACCAUCAUCAUCACCACACAACAAGGCAAGGGAAUGCUGCUGGAUGAUGCUUCUAAACGCUACCCACCACGCACCUCUCAGGCUGUGUCCGGCCCUGCAUUAUGCAUCAAAUUGCGCGUUAUCAUGGCCUGUGCUUUACCCCCUGUACUAUAUAUUAUUAUAUCGCGAUUUCUCCAUAACAUGGUGUUCUUCAGGAACGCAACUACUACCGCCACAUUAUAGGAGAACCAGACUGUACUGUGAUUGAAAAGGCCUAUGAGGACAGACAGCUACAGUCAGGUUAUUGUUUGUCCCCUGCUCAAUCGACCCUGGGGCAAUGCUCACAUUUGUUGGUAGUCCAGAUUCAGUAGUGACAAUUCCACGUUAUUAUGUUCACGGGAAAGGAAUAUUUCUGUACUUUGUUUACAUUCACAAUAGCGAACAUGAUGCUCCAAGUACUAUCUGCACUCAUAAGUGGCAAGUAACAAAUUGCCAGGCAAUGACCAUCUCCAAUAAGAGAGAAUGCCUAACCACCUCCCCAAUAGCAUUCUAUAAACUUUUUAUUUUUUAUUUUACCAGGUAAGACCCACUGAGCUAUGGCCACAAUUAUCACCAAAUAAAUAUCCACAUCAUGUGGAGAUUUAUAGCAUCCAAAAACUCUAAAACGCAUGAUGAUGAUGAUUCAAAAUUGUAGGGUAAAAGCGAAAGACCUGGAGAAAAAUCCACACAACCACGGGGAGAGAGACGCGCAAACGCCAAAUAUACAGCAGGUGUCAAGUUCGUGAUUGAACCCACGAGCUCUUAUAUACCAGGUGAGGUAGUUAACAUUUUCUAGCCACCACGGCGGCUUGUAUUACCAUCACCAAGUCUCCCACUAACAAUAUUGUGUUGAAGUCACGUGACUUUACCGAAAGAACCAAGAAUAUGAAUCCAUGCAGUCAUGAAAGCUUUAAAUAAAAAUUUAAUAUUGUGGUGGUCACCAUUGACAAAAAAUUCAACUGGACCAGCCAUACAAACACCAUGGUCACAAGAGCAGAUUGUAGGCUAGACAUCUUGCGGAAAGUGGCACAACUCCCCUUUGAUUACCAAAAGCCUCCGCACCAUCGACAAGCUAAAUAGUGUAGAGUGGCAAUGGAGUACUCAAUACUUGCCUAGGUAAGUGCAGAUUCCACGACACUGAAGAAGCUUUGUCGAGAGCAGUCGACUCACGAAAAAAAAUUACUUGGCGCCUCGUCAAACUAAGGGAGUAAAUCAACUUCCUUCAUCGUCUGCAAUGUUGCACAGUCGAGAACGGCUCGCCAAGGCAGCUCCGUAAGCACCUUCCAAAACUUACGACCUUCACCACUCAGAAAGACCAAGGGUAGCAGCAGGAGCAGCUCGUGUGGAAAUGCCACCACCUCUACGAUUCCCCUCCCAAGUAAUUUUUUUGAAAAUUUUAAACUUUUUUAAACAGCUUUUUGUCUUUAGUUUGUCUUCCCCCCCCACCUCCGAUUAGCACAGUUGCCUACGUCUGGUGGUGCGAAAGAAGUUCAACAGACAUACAUAUGUACAAGUCGCACGUCGUCCGGACCUGGACAUAUGGUGCCACGGAGGUGAGAUGUUUAACUACCUCUCCUGGUAUGCAGGAGGUCAUGGGUUCUAUCCCGACCCUGACGCCUAUAUAUUUUGAGUUUGUGGUGUCUUUCUCCCCAUGGUCGCGCGGAUUUUUCUCCGGGUCCUCCGGCUUUCCCCUCCACAUUCAGAAACAACAGCACCACGUGUUCAGAAUAUUUGGCUGCUAUAAAUUUCCACAUGACAAGCCACUUCGCUGAGCUAUUAUUUGUGAUAGCCAGGUCGCUUCUGACAAAAGAGAUACAUAGUUCAGUGGGUCUUACCUGGUACAAUAAAAAUAAUAGUUAACACUUCAAUAGUUUAGUUUAUGUAUCACCGAAGCUCCAUUGUCGCAUAGGACAGUCCUCGAACUUCCUUGCUAAACAGCGUUGUGGUAGCAGGCGCACCACAAAAGAAUGUUUGAGGCAAUGUGCAUACCCGUUUUAGGUGACGCACGUUUUGUACACACCCGUCACCGUAAACUAAACCGGUUAUGAAAAGCAAGGACAUAUAGAAAGAUGUCGAGCAGAUCUGCUGACCACAAGAAAAUGUUGAGGAGGGGAGGGAACCCAACACUGCACUCCCCUUCUAAGGGCAACCACUGAAUGACAUUAAAUCGAUUUCUUUACUUCCUCUUUUACCAGGUAAGGCCUAUUGAGCUGUGUAGGUAUUUUUCAGAUGAUAGCUCCACGAAGUGACUCAUCAUCACGUGGAAAUUUAUAGCAGCUAAAUACUCUAAAAGGAUGUUUCUAAAUCUGGAGGGAAAAAAACGUGGUCAAUUAGUUAACUAGUUCACCACUAAUCGGUUGUGUUGGAGAUUAAAACCCACAACACACAUUUACAAUCUUCAUUUGAAGCUUUCGUGAUUGCAGGAAUCCAUACUCUUUGAGUAUUUCGGUAAAGUCACGUAGGUAGAAAAAAACAUCACCUUGCCAUACAUAGCAUGUAUUACCAAAAAGAUUUACAAAAUCUUGGACAAACACAAGAUCCAGGUUCGAUUCGACACAGUACCCAAAAUCUGUGAUUUGAUCCCAUCUGUGAAGGAUGGGAUUCCUGACAUGCAAUACCCUGGUAUCUACAAACAAAGUUGUGUCUGCGGCAGCAGUUACAUUGGGGAAACGAAACGCCAUAUCUCGGACCGUGUUCGCGAACACAAGGCAGAUUUGAAACACGGCAGAACCAACACCUCUGCCGUGGCAGACCACUGUUUUAACGCGGUGGGCUCACAUGAUAGUUUUUUUCCGAGACCAAGGUACUCUGCAAACCUUCAGGCUACCAUCAAAGAUUUGUCCAUGAAGCCAUCCAGAUAUAUAAACACGGACACAAUUUCAACCGAGAAGAUGGGUACAAACUGAGCAAUCAUUAGAAGGACGUUAUUAACCAGUUUAGGUCAUAACUGGCUGUGAUGUCCCCCUUCCUGCCCGCCUAUGUUAGCAGCUUCUCUCGGCUCUCUGAGUCACAUUCACUAACACAGCUUUUCUAUCUCCCUGCCACCGUUUAUCUCUGCCCCACCCCCUCUCUCUCCUCCUGCCGCCGAUCCCUCUGUAAAUUGCAUCCCCACCCGCUCUCUCGUUAUGGCAGCCCCUCCCUCCCCCUCUAGGAUUAUCUGACGCUUGCUAGUCUUCUGUUUGCUAGCCUCACACUUAUGUAACCCCUUGCUUGUAGCAGCUUUCUCACCAUUAUUCGCCUGAUGACGGACGCUUGUAUUGCGUCCGAAACGUCGUGAUCUAUUUUUUUUCUACCUACGUGACUUUACCGAAAGACCCAAAGAGUUCACAUUUACAAUUCAACUACCAUAUUUCCCUGAUGUGGGUUUACGCUCCAGCACAACAGCUAAUUUAGUGCUGAGUUAGUAACGAAUUGGCCACGUUUGUUUAUGUGAUAAACCCCCUUACUCAAUGGCUGUGUCGGGCAGUGGCCGGUUUAACGAGACAUAUUUACACCACUUAACCCCCAAAAAUAAACUUUUUUACUGCAUAACCUGGUUAAACACUUUGAAAGGCUUAUGCAUAAGCUCUGUGUGCCUGUCCGUCGAUAUAUUUUGACUAUGUUAAGGUAAACUUGAGUAAAUCUGUUUCGUUGUUAUCAGGGACUAACCUCUGGCCAAAUUUAUUCAAAAGGUAUUUCUCAAAACGUGAAGACAAACCAGAGCAAAAGGUACUACUUACAAAUGGGAAAAUUUAUUUUGCUCUGAUCAGACAAACAUGUCUGGUUUCACUUACAGCUACACAGUGACCAUCGCAGACAACAAAUACAUCGGUUUGUAAAGCAUAUAAUCCACUAGCAGGAAGUGCCCGGCAUUUCCCGGGCGAAAAAUGCAGACACACGCAUCGACUCGCACACACAUCGACUUAUACACACAAGCACACGGACGUAGACAGACACACAUGGUGGCAGACACGGACAGGGACUCACAUGCACACCUUGACCUAGAGGCAAUUUAGAAUAUAUAAAUAUAGAUGAAGGUAAAUGGUAGUAGUCAGCAAACAAACAUUAUUAUUGUAAUAUUUGCGAGGUGAUUCGUUAAAAUGAAUGGUUCUAGCAACGUUAGUUGACACAAAAAAUAGUAGAAAUGUCCAAGGGUAGUGUAAAAUAUUAGGUGUGAGUUCACAAAAAUAAGUUUGAAUAUUUGCAAGGUGCUUUUUUUUUAAUGGCAGCUUUCUAUGUACGUGAGUUUAGCAAAAGAAGCAAUGAAUGGAAAGAAUAGUGUUCUGCACAAUAACAUGAAUUUAAUAAAAGGAAGAUGAGUAUGUGUAGUGGAGACGGUGAGGUAGAGGCAACACGGUAUGUUUAUUUUUAACUAACAGCAACUCCCUUAACACCCACUAUCUAGGGAGGUAUGGCCUCCGGGCUAGUGUGAUCUAAACACUGCCCUGUUCACUCCCAGCCCUCCGGCUCUCCGUGUCCUAGGGGAGGCUAUCUGACCCGACCCAGCUAAGGUACGGGUCCUGACCACUGGUCCCAGCUCGGCCCGGCCCUGAGAAGGACGUCGGGCUCGAGGUCCCAGGGUCCUGACUAGGGAGGCUAUCCUGACCCGACCCAGCCAAGGUACGGGUCCAACCAAUGGUCGAAGCUCGACCCGGCCCUUACAAGGGCAGCGGGCUCGAGGUCCCAGGGUCUUAGUCUAACUGGUCUUCAGUCUUCGUAACUCUGCCCUCAACCUGUGGAGAGGCCCGGCUUUUAUACACCUCCCCAGUGUGUCAGCUCCUGGCCACGCUCCCUUAGGAGUUCCAGAAGGGUGGGGGUCCCAGGGGAUCCCAGAACACCCCGCAGCCCCCUCCCUCCUGGGCUGGGGAUUGUAACGACCUCCCCGCCAGUAUGAGGUACCGCCCCUGAUGGGCACUGUCCGCCAUUGCAGGUCAGCGCUACACAUGUGCGUACGUGAUCUGACGCUACAUAUGUAAAGAAGAGGUUUCUGUCCACGUGGUUUUGCAACUGAAAUACAUCUCUUAAUAAUGGCGAAGGUAAGUAAGCAAUAUAUGCGCCCAAACUAAAACAAACAUUGUAAUAUUAUAAAGUGAUCAAGGUGAAUAUGAAAUUAGCAGGUUUAUAUGUACAUGAGUUUAGCGAAAGAAGCUAGGAGGAGAAAUUAUCAUUUUCUGCACGUAAACUUUUGUAAUGUAAUGUUUGGAAGGUGAUAAUUUAAAUCAUAAGUUGCAAUGUACUUGAGUUUAGCAAAAGACGCAAGGAAUAGAAAUGUCAUUUGUCUGCACACAAACAGUAUUCAUGUAAUAUUUGCAAGGUGGUGAUACAAAACGUAUAUUUCCAUGAAGGCGAGUUGACAAAUUAAAAAAACGACCAAGUGAUUUUCUAAAUAUUAGUUGUGAGCAGUCAAACAAAAAAUGUCUGCACACAAACGUAGGUAAUGUAAUAUUCGGAAGGUUAUAAAAAAACGGGGUUGCUAUCAAGGUAAGGUUAGGGAAAGAAGAAAAGGAUAUUGUGGCUAACAUUGGCAUGGUGAGGUCUAGUCCCAUGCAGAGCCCUCGGCCUCGCCUAGAUUUCCCAGCCGGCUGAGGUGUGAAUUAGGCAAGCUGGGGGCUGGGCCGCUCCCCCGUCCGUGCUACAAUAAUACAAUUUAAGCACUUUAAUAAUAAUAUCUAGGGGCUCUAUAGUAGUUUGAUGACGCAUUGGGUUAGACAUAACGUGUUUUGUGUGCUUUUGCUGCAUGUGUAACGUGAAUGAAAAUCUGUGCCGAUCGUGUGUGCGUUGCUACCUGCGGCGAUGGCGCGUGUGGAUUGCUAGGGGCUAACCUAGUGGAUGUUGUGCGCAAGUGCAGCCUGCUGCAUUAGCACUCCCCGAGCGGCGAAGGGAAGUAAAUAAAUAAUUUGACAAAUAAAUAUUUAAAUAAAGAUAAAUCGCAAAAAACACUGUCCUUUAAAGGUAACGGACAGGAAAACGGAAUAGCGCUUGCCCACCGUGGGGCUUACGGCGUGGUCGCUGGCAAAGGUUUUUUUUUACGUAAACCCCACCGUUUGAGAGCCAAAUCCCUUGCAAGUGCAUGUGCGCAGACAGACAGACGGACAGACAGACAAAAAUGCCUUUUAUCGGUAAGAUAUGCAUAUUUGUUUUUAUACUUUACUAGCUGUACUACCCGGCUUCGCCCGGGACUUGUAUCCACCACGGCCGGCCGCCUUUGUCUCCCCAGUGGCGAUGUUAAUACGCCACACCAGUUACUCGUUUGAGGCUGAGUCGACCUAUGGGAGGUUCAAAUAAUCUUGACCGGUGGUGGCCAUGAGCGGGAAUCACACUCGGUUCGCCGGGUUGGUAGCGCAGCGUAGCGUUAACCACUACACCCACCACUCCUCACACACACAGACGCACAGACACACACACAGACACACACACAUAGACACACGCAGACACACACAGACAGACACAGAUAGACACACAGACACACAGACAGCACGCUAACCACUACACUACCGCUCCCCACACACCACACACGCACACACACAGACACACACACAGACACACACACACAGACACACACACACAGACAGCACGCUAAGCACUACACUACCGUUCCCCCUACACAACACACGCGCGCGCGUCCAUAGGUACACAUACACGCGCUUGCUGCAGACACACACGACUGUCAGGGUGCGUACGGCAGUAAACGACUGCAAUAAUAAAGCGGCAAUGCUGCGCGAGGAACGCCUUAGACCUGCAACACAUUUGUGUAAUGCGAGCGUAAACACACAAACACAUACAAACACAUACACACACAUACAUACACACACAUACAUACACACAAACACAUACACAAUACACACACACAUACAUGCAGACACACAGACACACACAUAACACACAUACAUACACACACAUACAUACACAGAAACACAUACACACACAUACAUACACACAAACACAUACACACACGUACAUACACACAUACAUACAGACACGCAGACAUACACAUAAACACAUACAAAAAAACCCACAUACAUACACACACACAUACAAACACACAAACACAUACACACACAUACAUACACACAUACAUACAGACACACAGACAUACACAUAAACACAUACACACAUACACAUGACCCGGCUUCGCCCGAGACUUGGAUCCACCCCGCCCGGCCGCCUUUGUCUCCCCAGUGGCGAUGUUAAUACGCCACAGCAGUUACUCAUUUGAGGCUGAGUCGACCUAGGGGAGGUUAAAAUAAUCGUCACCGGUGGUGGCCGUGAGCGGGAAUCGAACUCGGUUCGCCGGGUUGGUAGCGCAGCAUAGCGUUAACCACUACACCCACCGCUCCUCACACACCACACACGCACAGACACACACACAGACACACACACACAGACACACACAGACAGACACACACACACAGACAGCACGCUAACCACUAUACUACCGCUCCCCACACACCACACACGCACACACACAGACACACACGCACAAACACACACACAGACACACACACACAGACACACACACACAGACACACAGACACACACACACAGACACAGACAGCACGCUAAGCACUACACUACCGUUCCCCCUACACAACACGCGCGCGCGCGUCCAUAGGUACACAUACACGCGCUUGCUGCAGACACACACGACUUUGAGGGUGCGUACGGCAGUAAACGACUGCAAUAAUAAAGCGGCAAUGCUGCGCGAGGAACGCCUUAUACCUGCAACACAUUUGUGUAAUGCGAGCGUAAACACACAAACACAUACAAACACAUACACACACAUACAUACACACACAUACACACAAACACAUACACACACAUACACACACAUGCAUACACACAGACAUACACAUACACACAAACACACACAUACAUACACACAAACACAUACACAAUACACACAUACAUACAGACACACACAUACAUACACACAAACACAUACAGACACAUACAUACACACAUAAAUACAGACACACAGACAUACACAUAAACACAUACACACAUAGUCAUGACCCGGCUUUGCCCGGGACUUGGAUCCACCACGCUCGGCCGCCUUUGUCUCCCCAGUGGCGAUGUUAAUACGCCACACCAGUUACUCGUUUUGAGGCUGAGUCCCUCCCUCGCCACUCUCCCUCCCUUGCCACUCUGCCUCCCUCGAGGCCUAGCACCGUGCAGAGCCUCCCGCCUUGCCUGAUUUUCCCACCCGGCGAACGCUGGGUACGGGUGCCGGUCCCCCCCCCCCCGCGCUAUUAAAAAUGGCGUCCACACGGCGGCGAAAAGUUGCUACUCGUUGCCAGGGGCAACCGCCAUCCAAUGAAAGUGCGUAUUGUCCGAAAUCCACACACACAUACACAGACAGACAGACAUGCACGAUUUUAUAUAUAUAGAUUUGCGAUAAAGUCGAGAAAUUAUCAAAGCCCCUUCCAGCAAUGCCAUCGGUGCUAAAUUGCCUUGUGCAAUGUAUGUUACGUUGAAGUUUUUUCACACCAUACAUUGCCAACCAUGCUAGUCGAAAUACAGUGGUACCUCGGUAAACGUCGUUAAUUCGUUCCAGAAGGUAGGACUUAUACCGAAAAUGACGUAUACCAAACUAAUUUUUCCCAUAAGAAAUAAAGGGAAAGGAAAGAAUCUGUUCCAGAGUAUAAGAAAUUAUAUUUUAUAUGUCAUAUUAUACAUUAAUGGGGUUGUAUAAAAUAAUUUAGACACUACUUAUUACUAAAAUGCAUACAUAAAUUAAAAUAAAUGCAUAAAUAAAUUAAAAUAAAUUGAAAUAAAAAUUAAAUUUUACGUCACUUUACCUUGCUGAGAGGAGUUAAAAUGACUAAAAAAACACGUGGAAAUUCACAGAGUUAUAGCAAGAGUUGUGCACUGAACGAGAUCUACAGGCAGACUGAGGAGCGACGCUUUCUUUCAGUCGUGAACGGGGCAUACGCAGGUACGCGGUGACUCAUCCUGACCCAUACAAGUUCUAGCAAGCGCGUCAUAUCCCAAGCAAGACAUCGUAUCCCAAGACAUUUUUUUCUCAUCAAAACACGACGUAUACCAAAUUCGACGUAUUCCAAAGUGGUCGUAUACCGAGGUAUGACUAUGUAUAUAUGUUGAACUUCUUUUGCACCAUACAUAGCGAACCGUGCUAAUCGGAGGUAUGUAUGUAGACUUUUUUUCGCACCGAACGUAGCCAACCUAAUCGCCUGUAGCCCACGUGGCUCGUAAAUACAGUUUCGAAAUGUUUAUAUAAUUUUUUUCAUAUCUACAUUUGGCCGCGUGAUCGAGGUCCAAGGUGCUGCUCGCUCUUAUCCGUGGCUUGUUUGCCAACCCCACAGGGGCUCUAUAACCGUUCUAUUCACCCAAGUGAACCUGCUGAUAACGGCAAGGUGCCUGUAAUCUCGCAUCACCAAAGGCAACGACCCCCGUGUAGUCUUAACAGACUGUUGGGGAAAGUGAUGUUAGCAAGCACCAAUGAAGGCCAAAACUGUGGCACAAGACGGGGCGGUUUGGACAGCACCACGCCUUUUGUCCCGCGAGUGGUGAUGAUUUUUUUACACACCACACCAGGUACUUAUUUGAGGCCUAGUCGACCUAGUGCAGGCCCAGGACCGGUUCAGAUAAAGACUAUCACUGGUGUUGGUCGCCGGGUUCGUAGUGCAGCGCACUAACCGCUACUACCCGACCACUCCCCACACACACAGACAGAUGUGCACACACACACACACAUGGAAAGAGCCACAGAUAACUACACACACAUGUACUUUCACCCAAGUGCACACGUACACAGAUUAUAUCCAUACUAGCGGUAAGUACCCGGCGUUGCCCGGGCGAAAAAGACAGACACACACAUCGACCUACACACACAGACAUUGACCCACACACACAAAGACAUCGACUUACACUUGGAUAUACACGGACGCGCAUACACACACUAAAUAUACAACAGCUAUGUGUCUGCAGGUAUAGCCAGAACGUUCAGGAGGUGUAUAACCUAAGCAGCAUCACCACCACUAUCACCAAAAAAACAAAUAUCCCCCGUAUAGUCUAAACAGACUGUUGGGGCAAGUACUGUUAGCGAGCACCAUUGAAUGCCGGCGCUGUGGCACACAAGGGAGUGAUUUGGCCAUUACCACGCCAUACCGCCUUUGUCUCCCCGGUGGCAAUGAUUUAUUUUUCACACCGCACCAGGUACUCAUUUGAGGCCGAGUCGACCUAGGGGAGGCCCAAGGACAGGUUUAGACAGUCGCUACCACCGGUGUGUUUUUGUCCGUGAGCUCGCCGGGUUGUUGGUCGUAGAUGAAGUGCCAAGACACCUCUACCUCAGUUUAACACGUCGUAGUAGGCUUUCGUGACCAAUAUUAUCCGUAAUAAAGUUUGUAUUUUUUUUUAUAUUUGGGGUUAGAGCACUUAAAUAUACCUCUACCUUAAUAGACAUUGGACUGGCGGUGGGGGGUGAUUUGUCGCAUUUAUAGUGGGAGGCUUAACAUAGAACAAAGUCUGUCUAUCACCAACAACCUACAUUUGACCAGCAUGGUGAAGUAUGGUAAAACAAUUCCCGGCGGCUGACGCGGCGUGAGGGAGGUAUUCAUCAAAUAAUAAAAGGUUAACGCGGUCGCUUAGAAUACGAUUCGCACUGGAUCGCAUAUAGUUGGCUACAGAGAGCACACUUUAAAUACCAAAGACAAGGCAAACAAACAAGACGACAUCCUGCGAAAGCUCACAAAUUAAAAGUGGGGGGGGGGGGGGGAACACAUUAAUCCGCUCUGUGGCUGAGUGUGCACGCUCUAACUGGGGAUGCUCAACCCACAGUACACAUGUCGACAACACAAUUUUAAAUGAUACGUGCAGAAUCGUAACAGGGUGUGCCUAAGUGCCACCCCAUGUUCCCUGCCUAUAUUGCACUGUGGCAUAUAGCUCCUUAACAUGAGGAGUAGAGGAGACCGGAUAGUCCUAGAGUGGGACGUCCGCCAUCCGUUACGUGACCAUCGGCGAGCACCACCACCCUUCUCUCAUCGAGUAAACAGCGUCUUGUGCUCCACUGUAACCACCCUGACACCACGUCACCGGAAGGAUGCCAGAACAACUUCCCCCGUGGAAAAAAAGAAUGGGGGGAAAAAAUCAAGUGUCUGGUUCCAAUUCCAAAUGGCUCGCACAUGGUGGAGGCUAAACAGACUGAAGACGGUGGGUUCUGGGUUUCGGCAGAGAUGCAACUCUUCCCAUGGAAAUCGUGGGGCUUCUUACAAACCACACGGAUCAUCUCCUAAAAUUUCCCCUGCAACAAACACAAUGUACUGCUUCAUCAAGAUUUGGCAAAAAAAUAAAAAUGGCAACAUCCAGAAGCCGGUGGUCUGUGCAAGAAUAUUGGGGGGAAAGACCCAUGGUAGAGGUUGAACAGGAGACACCGACGAUUAAGAAGAGUGAAUGGGUUGCUUUGGCACCACCCUGGUGGCCAAAGCUACGAACAGGUGGGUACCCCCUUAAUAACUACCACGAUGAGAUAUGUUCCCGAAAAGAACAGUGUGCCAAAGAACAACAACACAUUUAGAACACGGUUAGAUUUUUUUAAUGAAAAUAUUUCAUUUUACGUUCCGCAUUGUUUUUUUUUUAUCAAGAGCACAGUAACAUAAUAUUUGCAAAAGAAGUUCGUAGCUACUGAGAGGAGCUGUUAUUUUCGUGGCUGUAUUUUUUGCGAAAAGACAGGAGCGGCCCCCGACAGCGUUAAAUGUUCGAGACCGUGUGAGCGUAAGGGGCGUCCAUAAAUGACGUCACGCACCUAGGGGGGGGGUCAGACAUUUGUGACGAUGUGUGACGAGGGGUUGAGAAAUGUGACGUCCCAUCAAGAUGUGCAACUUUAAAUAUAGAAUUGUUAUAUGUACUGUACGUAAUAUUUAACACUGAAAUCAAGCGUAGCUAUAUUCCUUGGGUAUUUCAGUAAAGUCACGUAGAUAGGUUCAAAGAAGAUAACAAAAAGUAACAUAAACUACAACGUUUCGAUCACAACACAAGCGAUCAUCAUCAGGAGGAAAGAGGAGGAAAGCUGCUCAAUGCAGACUCUUUUGUUAUCUUAUUUGAACUUAUCUACGUGACUUUACCAAAAGACCCGAAUAAUAUUAAUUUCUGCAGUCACGAAAGCUUUAAGUCAAGAUUCAAGCGUAGCUACUUUUUUUGUCACACGCACACGGUCCCGAUCGCUGGACUCGUUACAGGUUUUUGGAGCGGGUUUUGCCGGAUUGGGCUGGGACCGCCGGAUAAUGUUGGAAACCGGAUAAUCGAACGCCGGCAAAUCGAUGAUCAACUGUAUUGGGAAACUCCACCUGACCGUUUUCCGCAACACCCCCCCCCCCCCCCAUGAGCUGAUAAUGAUGUCGUUACGCCUUCGCUUAGAAUGAUACAACGGUUGAACACGCAACUGGUUCGAGUUUCAACUCCAUGUUGUUUUAAACCAUGCAGAUGUGAUCUCCAGAGAGCCAGGAUGAUGGGUCUCAUUGUCCAGUCUCGCCCAUUUUGGGCUCUCCACCCGUUCAAAGCUUAAUAUCAGAUGAGCGGCUCCGCGCAUCGGCGCUCUAGAUCGAAUGCUGCGUCUGAUUGGGGAAUAAACCCGGGAUCAUCGAGGUGUGAUGGUGAUGAUGAUCAUUUUUUUUUUCAAUAAAUAAUCGGCGUUACACCCUUUCUCGCAGUAGCACAGGAGUGGUGUUCAGGUGUUCAAACGCCAAAUGGACACACCUAUUAUUGCAAGGCAUUGAGUCUGUGGAGCCCUGCUCUCCCCCUCGCAAGGAUUAAUGACGGGAGGGGAGAGACGGGGCAGACCGGCCACAUCUACAUCAAGCACACUUCAUGCCGUGGCAAAAUAUGGCAACAAACGUUCUAACCACCGAGUGACACUGAUAUUUGCAUUGUUUUUGUACCGUUUACAUUUUGGCGUUCUCUUGUCUCAGACUGGUAGUGAGACAAGGCCAUAACAGAAAGUGUAUUUAUCUGGUCUAGGCCAAUCUGUUUCAAAGGCAAUGCAUACGUAAUUAGCAGAGCAUGUUUCAUUGCAUGUUAUGCAAAGACUAUUGUCAUCAUACAUUGCCAUCAUCAUCGCUAUCACACCGCCAUCAACUUCACCAUAAUCUACGCUGCAACAAACAUGACAAGGAUCAUAUCUAUGGAACCUUUUUUUUAACUGCCGAGCUAUAAGUGCCCUGAUAUUUGCAUUUCCUUUGCGCUGUUCGCCCUUUGGCGUUAUUCUCUGGUCUGACACUGGUAGGGUGAGAAUGUCAUAAAGAACGCCGUCUCUGGUGGAGGCCAAACGGGUUCAAAGAGAAUGCGUGCAUUAUCAGAGCAAGUUUGGUUGCACGUUUUGCAACAAGUUCUGUGCGUGGUUAAUGAAGACUUGAUUUCUUGCAAAAGGUGUGUUGUUUGAACAUCUUAACACCUGUUUUAAUGCCAGAUAGUGUAUAGCCUAUUAUUAUUCCAAAUAGGAUUUUUUGUUGUUGGACAGCCUGUCUCUAAAGCAUGCACUCGUAAGAAUGUGUUUGUAGAAUUCAAUAUUGUCGUAAACUGACAUUGUGGUUUUGGUGUAUAUGUAUAAUAAUAGUCACACUAACUCUGGAUGUUCGAUUAGUUGCAUUUACCAGUGUUGUAAAGAAGAUGCGUGUUGUUGAUACGGUAAAAGUGCAAUACAACCUGACCGUCGUGCGCAUUUUAAGUCAAUGGCAUGCGUACAAUACGUAGAGAUUGCAUCGCUUACCGACGAUGCUCACCUGACGUGGUGGACACUCAGGUGGCACGGAUAGAGUCGGGGGUGGGGGGGACAUUUGCACCUUAUGGCGGGACCCCGGCUUCCAGAAUAAACGGAAAUCUAAAUCGUAAUUAAUACAAGAUUUUGACGACUCCAUCCCACCGCGCACAUAAACACCGCGACCCACCUGAUGCGGAUCAUUCACCGAGCACCCGUCGUUGCCAAAAUUUUCCGUAGUCGAGAGGAAUAGAUUGCCGUAUCGUUCCCCUUCAACAGACAUAAAAUGACGUUGCAACGCAGUUUAUGCGAGAGCUGGGGCUUAUGGGGACCCCGAGGGUCCCGCCAUAAGGUUCAUUUAAGGGAUUGGAGGGAGACAUACAAAAUGGAAAAGGGGCGUGGUAACGGAGGGAUGAUUGACGGGGAGGUCGGUUGGGGGGGGGUCCAUUAAGAGAAAGUGAGAAUGUGAUUGGCUGUAGAGGAAACGUGGGUCAAGGAACCUUCAAGAAAGGGGGCUUGGGGAUAUAUAUAUGUGGUGGUGGGUUGGGAGGGAAGAACGAGAGAUCUCAACAGGCUUGGAGUGAAGUGAGAAGACGCGUGCGUGCGUCUCGUGCCUCAGGAAAUAAAGACUGGCAUUGUUGAAGACUGUUGUGUCGGGUGUGUGUGCCACCAGCCAUGGUGCACGUUGAACAUCGUCCGCGCCGCACGUUUCCACCCGUUCUAAUCGAAGCCCUCGCGGAGAAGGACAAAAGUGUUGGGGUUUCUGGUUGAGCCGUGUAGGGGUAGGAGGAACACGCAUUAAUCAACAGGACACAGAGAGACGAUGAUAGUAAAACACUGACAGACAAGCACUCGGGGACACACGGACAUCGACGUGAAACAAAUAGGCAGGCGGACACACAUACAUCGAAGUUAAUAUAUUAACAAAGAUUCCCCUUAUAACC